AAUAAAAUUAAGAAAACACUUAAGAUUGUAAUAAUCAAAUAAAACAGUCAUAAUUUAAAACAUGUUAUUGUUUUAACAUUUAGAAGAAUUUUAAAAUUCUUCUCUCUCAACUCAUCAUAGCCUUGACAUUGAUUUCCAUUUUGAGAACUUUCGUGAUGAAAGAAUACAAUUAUUAGUUUAACCAUUAUCUCAAUGCAUUAAUCUUUCAAAUUUGAACCUCAUUCUUAAUAACAUGUAUUUAACUGAAUAAGGUGCUUUAAGUUUAGGUUCUGCUUUAUCUAAUUUAAUCAACCUUCAUAAAGUCACAUUAUCACUUAAUAACAAUUAUUUAAGGACUACUGGUGUUUUUGGUUUAUGUUCUGGUUUUUCCAAUUGUCAUAAUCUCUAAUAUUUAACACUUAAGCUCAACAACAAUUAAAUUGGCGAUGAGGGAGCAAAAAAUUUAAGUUCUUGUCUAAUAAAUUGCUCAUAAAUCUUGCAUUUAUCAUGCUACUUAGAAAGCAAUAAAAUAGGUGAUGAAGGUUUUUAUUACUUAAGUUCUUGCUUAUUAAAAUGUUAAAAUCUAACUUAUUUAUCAUACGAAUUAAGUCGAAAUAAUAUUGGAGACUUGGGAGCUCAAUUUGUUGCCAAAAAUCUACCAGUUCAGACAAAACUCACAACUUUAACAUUAAAAUUAAUGUAUAAUAGAAUUAGUAAUGAAGGAGCUUCAAAAUUAGGCUAAUUAAUCACAAAAACAUUGAAUUUAUAGAAUUUGACACUUCAUAUUGGUUACAAUAAAAUUGAGGAUACUGGUAUUUCUCAUUUAAGUUCUGCUUUAGAAAGCUGUGCAAACCUCUCAAUUCUGUCAUUAUGGAUAUUGUUUAAUUAAAUUAAUGAUGAUGGUGCUUCAAAUUUAGGUUCUUCUUUAGCAAAUUGCAAAAUGCUUUCAAAUUUAAUUUUGUCAAUUUGUGGAAAUUAAAUUAAAACAUAAGGAGUAUCAAUUCUAAGCUUAGCUUUAUCAAAGUGUGAGCAUCUCUAAACUUUUUCUCUGAAUUUAAGAGGGAAUAAUAUGAUGGCAGAAGGUUCACAUAAUUUAGGCUAAGCGUUAUCAAAAUUUAAUAAAUUAUGCCAAUUAAUACUUACACUUAAUGGAAAUUAAAUUGGUGACGAUGGUAUAUCAGGUUUGUGUUUUGCAUUUACAAAAACAACAAAUCUUAAGAUUCUGAAAUUAGAUUUAAGUAAGAAUAAUAUUGGCAAUAAAGGUGUCUAAAUUUUAGGUUCUUCAUUAUUUUCUUGUCAUAAGCUCAGUAUCUUGAAUCUUGAUUUAAGUGAAAACAAUAUAGACUAUAAUAAUUAAAAUAAGCUAAAGUAAUAGCUUAAAAAACUAAAAAGAUCUAUCGUGAUUUAUACAAGUUUUAUUAAUAAUAUGGUUUGAUGAUUAAUCUAAAUUUUUAAGUUUGUUUUGUUCGUUCAUAAAAAAUAUAUU